UAUGUUAUGAAAAAGUAUAGAUAGGACAGCAAUAUGUUACAUAUAACCCACAAAUUGAUCCCAUCUUUCAACAAGUCUUAAACUUUGACAUAGGGAGUGAAGAAUUGAUCGAUCUCCACUCUCCUUUUUCUCCCUUUAUUAUUAUCGUCUCAAAAGCCUCAACCACCCAUUGGAAUUCCCGUUAAUCUUCAAUCUCGGCGCUCUCACAUCCAUAAUUCAUUCAUUCCCUGCUUUACGUAAUAUGCACUACAAAACUCACUAGCCUCUUCUUUCUCAACACUUUUUCUCAUGGGAAAUCUCAGUCAAAGCUUCAAAUGCAUGUGCACAAUAACACUGUUCACUCUCUUCCUCAUUUCUUACACUGCUUCUUCUUCCUCUUCUUCCUCCACCCAAGAGAACCAACUCCAACCCCAAAACCCUUCUUCUUCUUCUUCAACCACCAACCCUAUCCACUACCACCAAGUUUUCUACCUCAAGAACACAGACUCCAGUACCUCUUUGAGCAAACAAGAACAACGCUUCAAGAAGAGAAGAAUAAAGAGAAACAGCAAGAACAUGAUGAUGAUGAAGCACAGAAAGAAGAUGGUCAAGAACCUACAACAGACACGAGACUCAUCACGAGCUUUCUCCGUUAUGCUCCCAAAGGGUUUUGUCCCUCCUUCUGGUUCCUCACCUUGCCACAAUGAUCAACCCAAUUCGGUUUCAUCCUUCCGCUGCCAUUUCAGUACCACUACUUCACAACAACCUUGAUGAGUUUGCAACAUUUAAAGGUUCAUUUCCCACACAUUAUAACAGCCGUCACUUCUUCACUAUUUUUAUAAAGAUAUAUGUAUAAUUAUAGCAUCAUCAUACACGUGGAGCAUUCAGAUUAGAAAGAUGAGGAAAGGGCUACAAUAUAUUGAUCAUUGCUUUUGAUCCCUUAUUUCUUGCAUUGCA